AUGAAGGCAAAGGCUCUUCGCGAGCAGCGUGAGGCAGAGCUGGCUGCAGACGCUCGUCUUGGAUCAGCAAAUUCGCCAAUGUCUCGGCUCACUCAAGGGACGAAGCGCUCCCAUGCGUCGAUGGCCAGUCAGCCAGGACUCGCGAAUGUUCGAGAUGCCCGAACUGGCGCAUCCGCGUCGGGUCGCUCACUUGACGAUAUCAAGCCCGCGCGCAACUUUACCAAAUAUGUCGAUUAUGACUUCAGCAAGAUGACCGAUACGAAAGGUGGAUUCUUGACUCAAGAAGACGAUCCGUUCAACAAGGCACUGCAUGUGGCCGACGAUAAAGAGGCACAAAGGCCUGCCAAUAUGACACAGAAAGAGUGGGAGCGCCAUCAAUUACUACAAAAUUUGCGGCGAAAUCGAGAGGGGCCAUUUGAGCCAGGCCUUAGUGUACUGGAUGACAGGAGCAAGCAAAAGGUCUGUCGGGAAUGUGGUAGCCUCGAGAUUGACUGGAAAUGGGAUGAACAACUUCGUUGUCAGGUUUGCAAUGCCUGCAAGGAGAAGUAUCCUGAUAAAUAUAGCCUGCUUACGAAAACGGAGGCACGCGAGGACUAUCUCCUCACUGACCCCGAGCUUCGCGACGAGGAACUUCUCCCGCAUUUAGAAAAGCCGAACCCACACAAGUCGACCUGGAACAGCAUGAUGUUGUAUCUUCGAUACCAGGUGGAGGAAUAUGCGUUUUCUGCCAAGAAAUGGGGCUCUGCAGAGGCCUUGGAUGCGGAGUUUGAACGUCGAGAAACCGACAAGAAACGGCGACGAGAAGCGAAAUUCAAAACAAAGCUGCAGGACCUCAAGAAGCGCACUCGGGUGGAGGCUUACCGGCGUAGUCGGCAAGGCGCUGCUGGAGGUGACUUUGGUGACGAUCUCAGCACCAAUCGCAAGCAUGUCCAUCAAUGGGGUCGAACAGUUGAUAAUCCGGAAACUGGGAUCGGUGUCAAAACCUGUGUUGACUGCGGUAUGGAGGUUGAGGAAUUGGAAUUUUGA